ACGAGUACGAGUACUGAGCGAGUAGUAGAUCGAUUGGCACAAGUGCGGUACAAACGGUAAGGAGUUGUUUUCAACAAGGAUUUGUUGAACGGUACGAGUAUCCCCCAUCUCCGUCACAUUCGAUUACAAGGCAAUAGGAUAGCAUAACACAUCCAAUCAGAUCAGUUCACGUCACGUCGAAUUAGAUUGCAUCGCAUCACACUGUUUCAAAAGGCAGUUGAAAAUCAAAACGAUACCACGAAACACAUAAUAUGCCCUUCGUCUCCGGAAGGCGGCGGUUCCCGUCGAACAUGGUGGUAUCAGGGAUAUCAAUACUGAUGUGCGUUUGUCUCGUGCAUUGGAUUGGCGUGAGCGCCAUGGUCAUCACAACGCCGAGGCAGCGGGUGGGUGGCGGACGAACCAGCACGAGCAAUAUGGAUCCCAGCUCGGAAGAGGUGAUUCGAAUGCUCCUCCGGGGCCAGGGGAGAGACCCGAUGCGCCGCCGCAACCAGUCCUCCUCUUCCGAUUACACCAUCAAGUCGGUGAAGCAUCGAGCUCAGCAACAAUCCAAAUCGCAACAGACACAACAGACAACGGCAAACCAAUCGGAAACAAAAUCCCAGACACAAACCUCUUCCCUUCUCGACAAAUGGAGGGACUACGAGGCACUCCGGGAGACGGAUCUCGAGGACGAGGUCCUGAGGCCCUUUUUCUUCGAGUCUGGCUGGGAACGAAAGCAGGUGAUUGUAGAGCGCUUCGCUACCGUCCUCGGAACACUCUACAAGGCACAGGCCGACUGGAACCAGGCGCAGCUGGAAAAGCAAAACAAUGCCAGCAGUGAAGUAUCCGCCGCUGUCUCCGGACAGGAGGAAGUCUCGUUGGCCCCCCCCAGCGGGGACGACCCGGCAGCCCUCGCCCUGUGCGAGGCGAUCGCCUCGCUAGGCCCCCUGGCGGUCAAGCUCGGCCAGACCCUCAGCCAGCGGCCGGACAUUGUCGGCCGGGCGGCCUGCGACGCCCUCAAGCGUCUCCAGACGCAAAACACACCCUUCGAAAACGACCUGGCCAGGGCCGUUCUUCGGGAGUCGCUCGGUUACUGGGACGGGCCACUGGCGGGAGACGGCGAAUCCGAAAGCAKCCAAGGCACAGGCGGCAGCAAGCCCCUCUUUCGAAGCCUCUCGGAGGAACCCAUCGCCAGCGCGUCACUGGGACAGGUCUACAAGGCCACCACCUGGGACGGCGUCGACGUCGCUCUCAAGGUCCAGCGGCCGGACGCCCUCUCCAUACUGGCCAUUGACACACAGUGUUUCCGGAUCGCUAGCGCGUUUCGCAACACCGUGAUCGACUGGACGGAGAAGUGGAACGGGUUGGUCGCUUCGUCCUCCAACGGGGAAGGUGACGUCCCCCACUCCCUCGAGACGGGCAUGACGGAGGAAGAGGUUCGGUCCCUUGGACCGGAGGGGACCGUCGCCAGCGUCAUCGAUCGGGUCGCAAGGGACAUCAAGCGUGAGAUGGACUACCGGAUCGAGGCCGAAAACUCGUACAAGUUCCGCGACUCGUUAGAAUUCCUUGGCUUUGUCGAUACCCCCGAGGUCCUAUUGGCGACCGACAAGGUCCUGGCAACGACCUUUGUGGACGGGCAUCACCUGGCCAACCUUCCGGAGUCGAGCGACCAGCUGGCCCUCACCCGCAUGGCCGUCGAGGCCUGCACGGCAUCGAUGGUCCUGACGGGCUUUGUCCACGCGGAUCCCCACGAGGGGAACCUCAUGCUCCGGAACGACGAUGGCCGGAUCGUCUUUUUGGAUUUCGGGCUCAUGUCGGACGUCGAUCAGGACGUCAUGGAGGCCUUUGCCAGGGGCAUCGCCGCACUCUUGAGCGAGGAUUUCGUGUCCAUGACCGAGGCAUUUACCGAUACGGGGUUCAUCACGGCGCCAAUCAUGCACCGGGCUUCCACAGACGAGCUGUGGAGGGUCGAUCCAGACUUUGGCCAAGACGAACUGGCCCUCGACCUCGAAAAAGCCAUGAAAUCCACCGAGGGGGGAAUGUCGAGAUUUGGAGCGCUGGCAACGGUCCUCAACAAGAAGAUAUCUCCCAGGUGGCUAGUCUUUACACCACCCUAUGUGCUUUUGCUGAUCCGGACCUUUCUGACAUUGGAGGGGAUUGCCGGUAAGUAGAGGCUAUUGCAGCGAAUGCUAGUACAUGCUAGUGAAUGCUAUCGAACAUUUAACGUUCUGGAUCUUUUUUCUAUUCAUGUUUUAAAAAUGAUUUCGUUCUCGACUGACAUCGUUUGCAUUUACAAACGUAUUGAUACGACUACUCGUGAUCUGAUCUGAUCUGAUCUGAUCUGAAAUACCGUGGUGUUACAGCUCAAGUUGAUCCAGACUUCAACAUCUACGAAAUGUCGAUGCCUUGGGUGGUCCGAAGGUCUCUUUCGCCGUCCACCGAAAAAGGCAGAAAAGUAUUGCGGUCCAUUAUGUUGAAACCCGACAACACCAUCCAGUGGGAACGGAUCCUGGAAUUGCUGGCACUGCAAAAGGAGGCCACACAGGUGCAACAAGCCGCAGCAGUAGACACCGAAUCAAGGGAACCGACUACCAGUUCUUCGGCUGCAACGUCGGCUGCUGCCAGUGCCGUGGAUCAUGCCAACGAUGGCACAUCCACGGUGGCMGCCGCCACAACACAGGAAGAAAAGGAGCGCAAACAACGGGAAUACGCCGUUGCUCGACAGGGGGCCAUGAAGGAUGCCAUCGGGAMGCUGCUUGGAUCGACCAACGGAAGGGCACUUAGAGGAGUCUUGAAGGAUCUGGAUACUCCCGAUUUGAUCUGGAAACUUGGAUCCAGGGAGGGACAACCGAUUGUCGAGAUGGGCACGGAAACCAUACUCAACAAAUAUCUUUUCUCCGCUUUGAGACGCAGCGGUAACAAUAAGAAGGAAAGACCGCCUAUCCGUGAGGCUGAGACAACAGCAGGAACCACUCCCCGCUCGGUGGACUAUCGGCCCGUCUCGGACCAAUGCAAGGCACUCAAGAAGCGUCAGGCGCAACGUACGAAACAAGUCACGCGGAUUUUGCUCAAGAGUCACCUCAAGCGGUGUCUCUUUCGCAUAAAGGGGAUUGCCGGGAUGGUCCGUUUGAUAGCGUCCACUCUGAAGGUGAUGCUGUCGAUCAUUCUGCGGAAAAUAAUACGGAAGGUGAUGGUGUCCUUGGGUGGAAAUAGGGAGGCUAGCGUCAAUAGUGCUACUACUGUUGCAUGAAAAACCUUAUAAUUGCUAAAUUUACC